AUGAAGUGCAUAUCAUACCUAACCUUCGUCCUGUGCUCAAACAUUUUUGUGGCGAGUGGUAGAAAAUUUCUUAUACAGGAUGCUCACAUAUCAGUGUCGCACAUGAUUAAAGCAGCUGGCUACCCUGCAGAAAAACACCACACGAUCACAACUGACGGAUACAUUUUGGAAUUGCACAGAAUCCCAGGAGGAAGACGCAACGAGAAUCUCAAUUCGAGUACAAAAGCAAAGGAAGCUGUGCUGGUUGUGCACGGUAUAUUCGGUUGUAGCACCAACUUUCUUAUCAUGGGUCCUGAUAGAAGCUUAGGCUACAUGCUAGCAGACGCGGGAUACGACGUAUGGUUGGGAAAUCUCAGAGGAAAUUUACACACUGCGCAUCUUAAUCUCACUAGGAACGAUCCAAAGUUUUGGGAAUACAGUUUCCACGAGCACGGGAAAUAUGAUGUGCCGGCACUCAUCGACAAAGUCCUGGCCGUCACGGGCCUACCCAGAAUCCUGUACAUCGGCCACUCUAUGGGCACGACGAGCUUAUUCACGACCCUGGCUUUGAGACCCGAAUACAACGACAAAGUGCUAGCGUUUGUGGCUCUCGCUCCGGCUGUUUACUUGGACCAUAUGAAAUCGAUGGCUCAAGUAUUCAUCAAGACUUUCAGGAUAAGCGACUUUUUGCGCUCGCAAGGCAUAAUGUCUGCGACCCUGAAACCAGAGCUGCAGGAUCGCCUGGUAGCGAACAUGUGCUCAGUAAAGCACCCCAAGGACAACAUUUGCACUCUACUACUGCAGGUUAUUGCUGGGGAGGAUUUAGAACAGACUGACGAGGAUGUGACGAUGCAACUGAUGGCUCGUGUACAGCCGGCAUCUUGGCGACAGUUGGAACAUUUUGGAAAAAUUGCUCUUACAAGUAAAUUUACAUCAUGGGAAGGUGGUAUUUUGGGUCCUGUGAAGCCUUAUAACAUGUCUAACAUAAAAGUACCAGUUUCAUUAUUGUAUGGUGAAAACGAUCAGGUAGCUGAGAAAUCUCAAGUAAUGCGCCUAGCUCGAGAACUGAAUACCUCAGGGAUAGUGGAAGACGUCCGGCCGGGUUGCUCCUGGCCAAAGUUUAAUCACGUGGACUUUCUGUUUGCGAAGGACUUGGGCACAUUACUGAAUAGACCACUACUCAAGCAUAUCAGAAAACUGUUCAAUAAAUAUGGAUUAAAGAUGUCAAUUGCUUAA